UCUCUUCCCUAACUCAGAACUUGUCUCUUCUGCACCUGUUUUCUUCCUCUGCUCCCAGUACAAACUGAGACUCAUAGGGUUGAAGCUGCAAGGCAGAUGGCCAUCCCCACAAGCCUGGUCCUGGGCCUCCUCACCUCAAUGACUGUCCUGGGCCCCCAUGGAGCAGGGGCCAUCCAGGCUGACCACAUGGGCUCCUACGGACCGGCCUUCUACCAGUCUUACGAUGCCUCGGGCCAGUUCACCCAUGAAUUCGAUGGGGAGCAGCUGUUCUCCGUGGACCUGAAGAACGGGGAGGUCGUGUGGCGGCUGCCUGAGUUUGGCGACCUCACACGCUUCGACCUGCAGAAUGGGCUGGCCAGCAUCGCUAUGAUCAGAGCCCACCUGGGCGUCCUGGUGGAGCGCUCCAACCGCACCAGGGCCACCAGCGUGCCUCCCAGGGUGACCGUGCUCCCCAAGUCUCCAGUGGAGCUGGGCAAACCCAACAUUCUCAUCUGCAUCGUGGACAACAUCUUCCCCCCUGUGAUCAGUGUCACCUGGCUGCGCAACGGGAAAAGGGUCACCGAGGGGGUGGCCCAGACCAGUUUCUACUCCCAGCCCGAUCACACGUUCUGCCAGUUCCACUACCUGACCUUUGUACCCUGGGCGGAUGACGUCUAUGACUGCAGGGUGGAGCACUGGGGCCUGGAUGAGCCGCUCCUCAAGCACUGGGAGCCCCAGCUGCCUGCCUCACUGCCAGACACCCCAGAGACCUUGGUCUGCGCCCUGGGCCUGGCCAUCGGCCUGAUGGGCCUCGUCGUGGGCACCGUCCUCAUCAUCACAGGUGCUGACUCCCCUGAGAGAAGCAGCCAGUGGAGGCGCCUUCCAGGGCCCUCAGGGUCUUCACAGCCUCGUACCUCGGAUCCAUGGUCCACUAAGGUCUUCAAACCUGCUUGUUUGAAUGGCACCAACCUCUGUCCUAUGGGUGCCCCCAUGUGGCUGCAGCACUGAUGGUCACAUCUGUGGGGAGUUCCAUGCAUGACAAAGAGAAGUCCAAGACAGAGACUAGACAGCUACUUCCUCAAGGGGACAAUCGGACCGGGCAAGAGGGAAGCAGGAUAGAUCUACAAGGUGUCUAGCAAGAAAGGAGGUCUAGAGAGCUUCACCUGGGUGCCCUUUAAAUGUGUGGCUGGGAAGAUUUUAACAAAAAAUUAAAAACACACCAUAACCAUAAACAACCAUAUAAAGUAGUUUGUGUCAGUUACCAAAUGAGUGACUUCUGUCCGCCCAGAAGAUGCCAGCACCAUGCCCUUGCAUCUCGGGAGCUAGGGACAAACAAAUGCCCUGAUUCUUGCUACUCUGUGCUUGAAACUUAACUUCUUUUGCUGAUCUUUUGCUUGAAAUUUAAAUUUAACACGUGAAAAGUGUUCCUCUCAUCUCUGCCCCAAGACUUAAUAAAAUUAUCUCAAGUGUCUUCUUUUGACCAA